UCUCAACAGAACAUCUGGAAGGAGGAACAGCAGCCUAAACCUCUGCAGUAGGGGGGAGACUGGUGUGCAGGAAGAUAAACUUCUGACUUCUGGAGUUUCAUGAUGGAGGGAGGACUGCAAUGGGUUUGCGUGUGUCGUGUGUGAGUGUACAGAUUUGAGCAGUAGGGAGAGAGAGUGUGUGUGUUUUUAGAGAGGUUUCCUCUAAGUCGUUCCACCGCUCAAUCUGACAGCAGCAGCAGCAACAGCAGCACUGCCUCUUUUCCYCCCUCCUCCUCCUCGACUGUGGAGAAAAUCCACCAGGUGAUGGCAGCCAUGUUGACUGCUAGCUCCAGCCUGCUGUUCCUCCUUGCCUUGGUGUGCUGCGUCUCCUCUUCACCCAGAUCGCCGUCUCGGCUCUGCAGGCGAUGCUGUGACCAGCUGGAUCCACCGGAUCCACCGGACACCACCGCUCAUUACCAAAUGCCUGAAGUCAGAACUGUCAUCAACAUGACCAUUCUCAAAGGUGACAAAGGCGACCGAGGAGACAAAGGCACACCCGGGAAGCCGGGUCUGGAAGGGCCCGCCGGGCAGCGAGGACCCCUUGGGCCAAAGGGCAGCAAAGGCCAUGUGGGCGCCCCCGGCGACGCCUGCAAGAUCCCGCACUCUUCCUUCUCCGUUGGGCGUCGCAAGUCCCUGCACAGUGUGGAGUACUACCAGGCGCUGGUCUUCGACACGGUGUUCGUCAACCUCCACGAGCACUUCAACAUGUUCAAGGGGAAGUUCUACUGCUAUGUGCCGGGGAUCUACUUCUUCAACGUCAACAUCCACACCUGGAACUUCAAGGAGACCUACCUGCACCUCAUGCACAACGACAAGGAGAAGGUGAUUCUGUACGCGCAGCCCAGCGAGAGGUCCAUCAUGCAGAGCCAGAGCGUCAUGCUGGACCUGGCCCUGAACGACGAGGUGUGGGUCCGCCUCUACAAGCGGGAGCGCGAGAACGCCAUCUACAGCGACGACGUGGAUGUUUACAUCACGUUCAAUGGAUACCUGGUGGCGCCGGGCAUCCAGUAAGACUGGAAGUGAAAUCGGGAUUGGCGGAGCAUCUAGGUUCGGUUAUUCACUUUUUUUUUUCUUUCAAUUCUCUCAAUGUUCUCUACUAGAAUAUUGUGUAGUAGAAAACAUUGUACAAGUGGUGCUAUUGAAUAUUCCUUUCACCAGUGAGAGGAAAUGUGCUGCUUUCAUAAAUAGAGGCUGUCCAAAAAAAUAAAAAUAAAGAGGAACAAUAAAUAAGUAGUAUUUGGGAAAGAAAGCAGAGAAAUCUUUUUGUACUUGAAUUAUAUUUUUGUACAAAUUAUGUCAUGUUUGAUGUUCUUUGUGCUGCUAAAAAUUUCCUCUGAAAUCCUUUUCACAGGGUUUAUGGAAGAAAAAUUAGUUUAAAUGCAAUCAGACCAACUAUAAAAUAUUUAUAGGGCCAUCUCUUGUGGACCAAAUUUAGUUAUUAGCUAUUAGCUUUAGUAGUUAGCUACUAGCUAUAGUCAUUCGCUAUUAACUUAAUAAUUAGAUAUUAUCUCAAUUAUUAGCUUUAGUAGUUAGCUAUUAGCUAUUAACUUCUUUAUAAGCCAUUAGUGUUAGUUGUUAGCUACUAGCUAUUGCGUUUAGCCUUAAUUAUUACCCGUUAACUUUAGUUAUUUUCUAUUAGCUAGAGUUAUUAGCUAUUGACAUUUGGCCAUCAAAAGUAGACUCCAUCAUGGUAAUGUUCAAAUCCCAAUAUCAUCUCUCCGUGUUUUUAAAAAAUUUAAUUGCACACUUUAUGACAAAUGAAAUCAAAUCUAUUUUUCAUAAUUUUGUCUAUUUGUUUUCUCUCACAUUAGAAAUUAACUGAGUGCAUUCUUUUUACACUUGAUUAAAAAAAAUUAAUUCUCACCCUGAAUAAAAGAUGAAUGCUACUUUGAUAAAUCAUUAAGUGGAAAUCAAUAAUGAUGAUCAAUAUCAAAGAGAUCUGAAGCACGAACGACACAUAUGCUGCAUAAAAAACUCUCUAAAACAACCUGACACUAAUUUAGCAGUACAAACAAGUACAGACGUCAUGCCAGUGUGAACACUGCUGCAGCAUUUCUUUCCAAUUCCCAUGCAGGCCUUGUCUUACUCUUCAUUAAUUUUUCCCAAGAUGCAUUUUGUUUGGUUUAAAAAUUGGAAUACCUCUGGAGAGAGUCCUCCAUAUUGUAAGUUUGACUGUCAGAAGUUUCCGUUUAUUGCUCAUAGCUAUACUUUGUCUGACCUAGAUUUUAAUAAGAUUCUUCAAAACUGUCUGACAGGCCAGGAGUAUUUUUCUGUUUGCUUGUUUUCUCAGAGUGCUGCAUUAAUUAUAAAUGGAAUGAAAAGAGGCGCGGCUGAAUACAAUCUUGUAAAAAA